AUGACCGCACCCGGCCUGAGCACCAAAGCAGUCCGCUUCGCCGACCCCUGGAUCCCCAACGCAAGCGACAGAACACCCAAGCAGGCCUUCCUCGAAGCGUAUGUAGUCCACGUUGAAGCGGGAGAAUACACCACCGUCCCCCUGACGAAAUGGUACUCGCCACACUGCACAUUCCACACUCAGAACGGGACCAACUACCACGGAGCCGACGCGAUUGGGAAAUGGAUGCGCGGCCCGGUGUUUGGCGCCUUUGAGAAAGUGCAGCACGAUCUGGGCGCGUACGUGGAGAUCCAGAAGGAUGAGGAGAGUUCUUGGAUAUUCUUCUCGGCUACUAGGAAUGUGUUUCUCAAGGGGAACACGGGCGAGACGCCCGACGUGACCGUUCCCGUGCUUUGGGAGUGUGUUAUUGGGCCGGCGGAGUCGGAGGAUGGGUUCGAUGGGUUGCAGUUUAAGAUGGUUCGUCUCUGCUGGGAUACGGCUGGCGUUGCUGCGAAGAUGAGAGAGCGCAGGCAGUCGUAUCAAGGGGCAUCUUGA